AUGUUGAACCUUGUCAAGUUUGAGGGACACUUGAAUAACUUAAGCGGAUACAUAUUUGAAAUUUGCAAGUCUUUGGGAGAAUCUCAAGUAUCGAAGUAAGUGUCCCGUAUAUAGCCCUACAUGGUUGAGCUGAUUCACAUAUAGUAUUUACUGUAUAGUUGAUAUAUCAUAUUGAAUAAGAAUAUAAGAUUUGAAUAGAAACUCGAGAUGCCCUCGGCCUUUACGGACCGGAUUUCAGAGUUUGAUGCCUCCGUCCUGCGGGCUUUUGUCUUUAUGCAUAAACUUAAUGAAGAAGGUAUAAGUAAUCUUGUAUAAUUGUUUAAUUUAUUCUUUCGAUAUUGUGGUGGUACAAACUAAUAUUUUUUUGAGAAAGUUUGAAUAUCUCACACAACUGCUUGUCAUUAGGGCGUACCACAGCGCACCUGGAGGCAUCACAUUUAUUUUGCCACACAGAAGAUUUACAACGAUAAAAAACUUUGAUUCAGUUUUAUUUUUCUAUUCACCUAUACUCUACGCCCAGAUAUCGUCCAUAGAUGAAUAUAAAAUUAUACAUAGAGUAUGUAGUGUGUUGCUUUAUAAACAUGCCUUUGCCUCUUUUUAACAGGAAAUGUUUCAUAUCCUGUACAAACCUGGACUCGGCCAAAAAAUUCAAAAACGCUCUCAAUCAGGCGUUAGCAGAUUGCGGUGGAGUGUUUUGGGAUGACAUUAAAGAUUACCAGUUACAAUCCCUUCUCAGAGACAUGUCCCGUGAAUACUUUAUUAAUGGUGGCAAGUCGAAAAAAAGCGGUGACUGUCAUAGGAAGACAAGGUUUCGUAAAACAUGGUGUCAAACGUGA